GUCAUAUCAAAAUGUAGAAAUUUGCCAAAAAAUAUAACUAUUUAUUAUCAAAGCAAUGCAUAUUUGAUUUAGCAAUGAAUUUUACUAACAUCAAUACAAUACAUGACAUGACUACGUCGUAUACAAUGAAAGGGGAUUCAGUUGCUCUUGAUUUAAGUGCCGCUCAGUCGUCGAUGUAUAAUUCACACCCUUAUGAACAACAACUUGAAAGCCCACAGAAAUAUAUGCCAUCUAGAGAUGAAUUCCAAUUUGUUCCACAAACUGCUGAAGGAGGACAUUCAAACAUUGAAGGCACUAUAGAUUCAAAGGCAGCUCCAAGUAGUGGUGAUGCCUAUGGCGUUAGGAAAAGAGGAGUAACUUCUUCUAUUCUGGAAUCUAAGGGUUUCGGCUGGUUACUGGAAGAUGAAGAUCCAGAAGAGGAAGAUCAAAGGCCACUUUUGGAAGAGCUAGACAUUGAUUUGAAAGACAUUUACUACAAGGUUCGAUGUGUCUUGUUUCCCCUUCCUCAGUUGGGAUUUAAUCGUCAUAUUGUCAGAGAAAGCCCUGAUUUUUGGGGCCCACUGUUUGUGAUCCUUCUGUAUGCAAUUAUUUCCCUGUAUGGUCAGUUCAGGGUAGUCUCCUGGAUCCUGACUAUUUGGAUUAUUGGUUCUCUCAUGGUGUUCCUGUUGGCACGUGUUCUUGGUGGAGAGGUGUCUUACUCACAAUGUUUAGGAGUUAUAGGAUACUCAGUGCUGCCCCUGUUUGUGAUUGCUUGCUUUUUGCCACUUUUACGCUCUUUUCAUUACUUGGGCAGAGCUUUCAAGCUGUUGGGUGUGUUUUGGGCGUCAUACAGUGCUGGCUCAUUGCUGUGUGUUCAAGAACUUCAGCAUAAGAAACCUCUUCUGCUGUACCCCAUAUUUUUACUCUACAUUUAUUUCCUCUCAUUGUACACUGGUGCCUAGAUUUCUACAUCAUGUUUUACUGUCUGAGGCUUAGAUUUUGGGAAUUUUUAAAAAUACUCCUCUAUUAAAAUGGAGCAAUUUUAUUUUGAGUUCAAGUAUCAAUAUAUCAUAUUUGUUAAUAUAACAUUUAAAUGAAUGUGUUACAUUUUAAUACAAUCUCCAUUUAAAAAAUAUGUAUAAUUGGCUUCUAUGUUCUAUCCUAUCUUAAAAAAAUUACUUUAAACAAUUAAUUUCAAGCAUUCACAAUAGGGUGUUUUUUUUUUAAAAAAAGCAAUUUUUUUAGUUUUGAUCAUAUUAUUUUUCACUGUUGCUAAACACUUUCAAAAAAUAAUGGUCCUAAAUUAAAACUUAAGCAGAAGCUGCAGUUGAGAUACAA